UUUAUCUAAUGCAGUGUUUGUGAAUUUUAUUUGGACGCGCUGGUGAGGUCAGAGUUCAAGCCAUACUGAUGACGUCAUGCGCUGAAGAUGGCAGACGGGGAAGGAGGAUGGUGGGGAGGCUGGCUGACACAGAGCUUCCAGGCCGUCAAAGACAAGUCAGCUGAGGCGUAUGAGUUUAUCAAACGGGAUCUUUCAGAAUUCUCCAACGUGGUCCAACAUGACACGGCAUGCUCUGUUGUGGCGACAGCGAAUGCGAUUAAGACCAAACUAGCAGUUGAAGGUUCAUCAGAGGCAACAGAAAAGGUGAAGAAGGGCAUUUCGAAUAUUUUGGGUGUGAUCACAGACACUUUGGUUCCGGCUCCAGACAAGACCAUUGACUGUGAUGUCAUCACGCUGGUAGCCACUCCGGCAGGCACAACAGAGGUCUAUGACAGCAGCAAGGCUCGACUCUACAGUCUUCAAGCAGACCCUGCUACAUACUGCAAUGAGCCUGAUGGCCCUCCACAGCAGUUUGAUGCCUGGUUAUCCAGUUUCAAAUUGGAAGAGAGGAAAGCUGAGAUCUCUGAACUGCUCGUAAACAGUCCUGCCAUAAGAGCUCUUUAUACUAAAAUGGUUCCAGCAGCAGUGGCUCAUUCCGAGUUCUGGCAGCGGUACUUCUAUAAAGUGUUCCAGCUGGAGCAGGAGGAAGCCAGGAGGGUAGCACUGAAGCAGAGAGCGGAGCAGACGGAUCAUUCUGAGAGUCUUGGUUGGGAGGAAGAAGACGAAGAAGGUGAGUUUCUCGGGGCCACGUCUUCAUCACGUUUAGAUUUCACGCCACCUGUCGAAGAGUCAUGUGUCCCUUCGGUAGCGAUAGAGGCCUCACCUGAAAGCUCUUCACCCGCUCAAGAAUUGGUUUCCACCAGCAAUGUAGCAUCGGACAUCACUCCUUCUGUAAGCAGCGACAGCGUCAGCUUCCCCACCCAGAUCGAGAAUCAAGCAGACUCCGUCACCAUCAGAGUCACGCAGCCAUCGCCCGCUGCAGACGAGGUCUCUCAGAAACUCUCAAAGGCCAGUCUACAGGAGACAUUCCCAGAGGAGCGUCCCUCACAGACCCCCAGAGAGGACGUAGCUCAAGACCUCCGAGUGUUUGAGCUCAACUCCGACAGCGGCAAAUCCACCCCCUCCAAUAAUGGCAAGAAAGGUUCGAGUACAGAUGUGAGUGAAGACUGGGAGAAGGAUUUUGAUCUGGAUAUGACAGAAGAAGAGGUUCAGAUGGCUUUGUCUAAAAUAGACGCGACAGAAGAGUUGGGAGAUGAGGACUGGGAGAACUGGGAGUGAGAAUCUGGUGGAGGGAAUUCUGGCCCGAUAUCGACGUGAGAUGUUGCUGUUCCCAAAGUGAACCAUGCAUAAUAUAUAUAUAUAGUCUACGGCCACACCUGCUCAUUCAUGGAGUCCAGUGAGCGGGUCACCUCCUGCGAAUGAAAUUUACAUGCUAGCUGAACGCUUGUCCACCAAACAGUCAUCCGAAGUGUGAUGAAGUGAUCUGGUCUCACUCUGGAGGUCCUAAAAAUGACCUGCGGUAAAACACUAAGACUGAUCAGAGAAGCACGUAUCAGUUUAUGAGAGAGGUCACCUUGGAAUGCCAUUUGCACCUGCCGUAUGUCCAUUAAUGUUAUUCUUCUUUAGAGAUUUCAGUGGGAGAAUGUGAAUUAACUGCUGGGGCUCCUGAUUAGCUGUAAUCUAUAAAGUUGUUCAUCAUUCUGACAGGAUUAGAAAAUAAUCCUUCACAUGAAAAAUAUGUGCAAGUUAGGUUUCUUUUUCUUCUUUUGUUUUCUUUUUUGGCAUAUAGGCUUCUUUUUAAAGCUAGCUCCUCUUGAAAUACUGACAUCUUUAAUCUUAUGCAAGUUAUUCUAGCUUGAGAAUGGAGAUGGAGAGAUGCUUCAUUCAUUCUGCUGAUGUUCUAUGGCCUUGUUCAGUGUUGUGUGGAAUGAAAAAAAAAUGUCAUGCAAAAGUUACAAAAAAAGUGCUUUCACUUAAUGCACGUUUCUUGUGCUGUCCACUUUAUCUCCUUUUCCUUGUCUUCAUCUUCUCAUAGUCUGAAAUUGUAAAUGUCAUGGGUCACUUGGCUUACUCUAGGUAAUUUAAAUUUCUUAACACUUUGUAUCAAAAUAGGUUUAAAGUGCAGGCCAAUAUUUUGGGUGUUUUGUUUUAAGGCAAGGCUCACCUAUUGGUGAAUACAACCUCCAUACUGACUCGUAUCAUCUAAAUCUCUUGCAUGCUGCAUCUCCUACAGUCUCUCGACCUUUACCUUUUACCUUUAAUUUUAGUAUUAUCUGACAUAUUUGAAAAUGGGUCUCAAGCUGUCAAUACUUUUUACAAUUAUAUUGUCCUCUAUUUUUCCAAUGAGCAUCACCAUUAAAAGCAAUAUCAUGCAAGUUGGUGAUUUUCA